CCUCGUUGCCAACGCGCCCUCCGAAAUGUUCAACUCAGCAAUGCAAUAGUGCUUUGGCUGGCAACAAGACCGCUAUCAUCAAAUCGCUUCCUUCCCCCUAUCUACAAGUACCAUGUCUCGUUCGCUUGACACGUAUGAUCACAUUUCCAUUGCAGAGAUUGUCAUCUACGCCUUCUUCCUGGUAGUUGGCGUCUACCUCUGCUUCAAACACGGCGUCCGGCGCACCACAGGAUGGGUCUACCUCGUCAUCUUCGCCAUCGCCCGCAUCUUGGGCUCGGCGCUCCGACUGGCCACUACUUCAAACCCUAGCGAUGUCGGUCUCUACGUUGGCUGGCAGGUCCUCAAUGGAGUCGCCCUUGGUCCCUUGAUCCUGCUGCUCCUUGGCAUGCUCGGGCGUUGUUACGACUCGAUCAAUCGGCAAGGGCAUGUUGUUGUCAAGCCCUUGUAUCAACGCAUCAUCAGGCUCAUGAUGCUUGUGGCAAUCAUCCUCACCAUUGUCGGGGGCACGCAGUCGGAUAUGACAAUGCAAGGAGGGCAUGUGCAUGUUGCGUACACAACACUGAGCAAGGCUGGCACAGCCCUGAUGAUCCCAGUCUUCGUCAUGGUCAUCCUCGUUGCCAUCAUUGCCCUUUUCAACCAGGGAUAUAUCUCCCAAGGCGAACAUCGCAUCCUGUUCGCCGUUUUCGCUUCGGUACCAUUUGUGGCGGUCCGCCUCGCAUACUCAUGCGUUCUCGUUUUGGGCGGUCAUCAAGGGUCAGCCUGGCUGUUUCUUGGCGCGAGUGUGAUCAUGGAGAUGAUGGCGGUUCUGAUCUGCGAGGCCGUUGGCGUGACUCUCGCAAAGGUGCCCCCCGCGCCCAAGGAGGAUCACCAGUUGCGAGAGGGGCACACGCGCGCAUGAAGGCUCAAUGAACGUUGAAAAAGAAAGGGUCAGGCACCCAGAAAUACACCUGAGACCUGUCGUUCUGUUAUUCUGUAGGCCCUCUUUGGUUGUUUUGGCCAGGCAGACUGUUGACAGUGCGUUUCGUUGAACAAUGUAGCGGACUCGAAGGGCACUAGACUACCUUUUU